CCCCAGCACUUGUCAGCCGUGGUGUGUGCCCUGCUCUGGGCCCUCUCCAUCGCUGUCAUUGCUUCAGUGACUUCUCUGUGCCUGUUGCACGACCAUGAGCACUGCCAGAUAGCUCUCAUCUCCAUGUACGUCCUCAACUUCCUCAUCUUUGCACCACUCAUGGUCAUUUCCAAUGUGAUCCUGUUCGUUAAGGUCUUGUGUGACUCCAAGCGACGUCAACCCAAGAGGCUCUACAUCGUUAUCUUCCUCACCGUCCUCUUCUUCCUCACCUUUGUUCUUCCCCUCAGCGUCUGGAAUUUCCUGCAGCAGUUCAGCUACACUGUCGUGCCCUACCAGGUUGUUUUCCUGCUCGCCUGCAUCAACAGCAGCAUCAACCCCUUCAUCUACUUCUUGGUGGGGAGCUGCCGGAGGCAUUGCUCCUUAAUG